AUGAAGAAGUUUGCCGAGGUCCAGCAGGAAAACCGGGAGGCUUUCGUCAACGUGAACAAUCAUUUCUUCCAGCACCAGGACACAAAUCCCUUCGCAGCUAUGGAGUCGCCUGAUUCCUGGCCGGAGCUUUACAAGAGCCGGGAAUACAAAGAGUGGGCGGAAACGAGCAUCGAGAUUUGCAUGUCCUUCCUGGACAAGAUGGGCGUGCCGUUGACCAAGGAGGAAAGGGAAGAAAUGGAGGUGGUCACAUGGGCAGCGGUGUACCCUACGAUGAAGCCGAAGGACCCUGUCACGCAUUACUACCAUGCCCACCAGGAGUCCAUCGUGAGCUUUGUCCUCUACGUGAAAAUGCCUGAACCAACGACACCUUUGACAAUCUCCGACCCGCGGGGUGCUCCGCCGAUCGAAGAUUUCGAGUGGUUCCAGGACCGAGGUGAUAUGGGUGUGGACAGCGAGCCUCCGUUCCACCGGCCUGCGGCCUUCUAUGCAGAGGAGGGCGACAUCCUGAUCUUUCCCUCUUUCGCCAUUCACAAGGUCCCGCCGCACAUCGGGAAGGGCACCCGCGUCGUAUUUCCAUCGAACUGCCACCUGCCAAAGAAACGCAGGAAGUUGUCUGGGAAGCACAAGGGGAGCGAGAGCCCCCUGGAUGGGUGGGAGCGCGUCGCCAAGCCUGAGGCACCCGCAGCACGGCCUGCAGCAGUGGCGAGCUACGCCGCGCACGCCAAGGCCGCGCUGGACUUGGCCGAGAAGCUGAAGGAUCCGUACAUGAAGAUGUGGGAGGUGCAGAACCAAGUUAUGGCCAUGCUCCAAUUCGGAGCGUCAGAUGCCACGGCUUGGCUUGCGGCAGGGAAUAUCUCUGCCCGCGUCGCUGUGAUCCUCGACAUGAGAGGCGAGGGCGAGUACUACCUGGAUGCUGCUCUCAUGUUCGCCCGCGCCAUCCUGCUUGAUCCGAGCAUUCGUCCCAAAGUAGAGCAAUGCCUGAAAGACCUCAUCCCGCAGAAGGUCCCCAAGAAGUACAAGGCUGCUUACGCCGCGCUGAUGCACUGGAGGAAGCUGAUCAUCUCAUGGGGCGACACGCCACCGGAGGUCGAGUUUUCGCAGUUCCUCCACCCUGCGCUGAACGGGGCAGAUCGCUGCAGCCGCAUGUGUUCCCAGCGCAGAGAGCCAGCUCUCAGGACGCUGCGGCUGCUGCGGGUGUUCGGCACCCAGGUUCACGUCAUGCAGACGAGGCAAGUCCGAGAGGUUGAGGAGGCGGUCGCAAAGCUGCUGGAGGCCGACGUCCCCAGUGCAGCCGUAGUAUCCUCCCCGGCUUCAGUGGAUGCAGAGGGUCCAUGGCGGGAGAACCGGAGUGCUUCGAUGGUGGCGGUUCUGUGCGAUGGGUCAGCAACGGUGAGCUUCGCCGACCCGCGGGGUAGGUGGAGCCGCAAUUGGCCAGGCAGCGUUCCAAUGAAGGGCGAGCUCCUGGGCCUCGAGCCCAAGGCCCCCUUCCACUGGCACAGCGAGGUCCCUUGCAAGGAAGGUGAAGCGAUCUUCUUCCCAGGGUGGCUACGCUACAAACUCUCCAGCGCGGAGACUGUGCGUGCGUAUGCUGCGUGGAUGACAAUCAUGUUCAAUUCCGCUUAUGGCUCUGCCAAGUUAGACAGGUCCUGGCAGUUCCGCUACUUCGGCUGCACGCCUUUCUGGGGCCAUG